AUGCCCUCCCUGGCGCUGUGGUCGUGGAUCACGGUCAUGCUUCCUCGGCGGGAGAGUCACAUGUCUCCUUUAUCUUCAGGCGGCCUCCUGGGCAAACUGCGCAGCAUAGGCACGACGAUGACGGUGGAGAUGGACGAGAUGAUCAUGGGCAUGGCCCUGACGACGACGAACAUGGUGGAGGGGGGCGACGUGGACGUCGUGGGCGGGACCUAUGGCAUGACGGUCAAGGUGAUCCAUGGUCUGGCGGUGAUGGUCGAGGGGUUCAAGGUUGUGGUCACCCUGACGCUCGCGCUGGUGGAGGCGCUGUGCUUCGUCCUCGAAAGGCUCCUCGUCGCCAUGCCGAUCAGGUGGCAGUUCUUCCUGGAGGCGCUGAUCCUGCUGAGCUGGUUGCUGAUCUUGCUGUUCCGGGGCGCCCGCCGGCGGAUGCUGCCAGAGAGCGUGCCGGUGUUCCUCAUCGAGGUUUUCCUCAUCUUCUUGAGGACGUUGACGUUCGUGGGGCGGACGCUCGUGCUGGAGCCGUUGCAGAUCCUGGUCGUGGAGCCGCUGACGCUCGUGGAGAUGGCCCGUGUGCUGAUGUUCCUGCAGAUCUUCGUGGGAACGAUGACGUCCGUCAAGGUGCCGAUCUUCGCGGAGGAUUUGCAGCUGAUCGUUUCCAAGACGGCACUCGUGGAGCACAUGCCCUUCGUGGAGCUGCUGAUGUUCCUGCCAGUGCCGCUGUUGGAGGUGCUGGAGCUACAGAUAGUCGUGGAGCUGAUGACGUUCGUGGAGAUGGCAGUCGUGCGGCUGUUCCUGCAGAUCUUCGUGGUGAUGCUGACGUUCGUGAAGGCUCGGAUCAUCGCGGAGGGCUGGCAGCUGAUCAUCCCCAAUACUGCGUUCGAGGAGCAGCUGCUGUUCGUGAAGCCGCUGAUGCCCCUGUCCGAGCCGCUGUUGGACAUGCUGGAGCUGCAGAUUCUCGUGGAGACGGUGUUUUUCGUGGAGAUGGGGUGUGUGCGGGCAUUCCUGCAGAUCUUCGUGGUGACGGUGGCGCUCGUGAAGGUGGAGGGCUUGCCGCCGAUCCUUUCCUCUUCGGUGUUCGAGGUGCUGCUGCCGUUCGUGGAGCCGCUGAUGUUCGUGAUGGUGAUGCUCACGGGUUUGUUGCAAGUACCUACGUUCGCGCAGGUGCCGAUCGCAGUGACCAUCAUGUCAAAGCCGUUCUAUUCGCUUCUCAUGACGACGAUCAUCCUGCCGAAAUGUUUGCCGAUGCUGGGUGUGGCGAUCCUCCUGGUAAUGUUGCUCGUGCAUUCCGUCUGGAUGGAGAUGGUGGUGCUGGCGGUGGCCGUGUUGACUUUCCUGAUCGGGAGGUGCUGGCCUCGCGGCUUCCUGAUCCCAUUGGCGGCAUGGACGACGAAUCCCGCGCGGAAUGGUUCCUUGGGGAGCUGCAGUCUUGUCGUCUCCGCCGCCCAGGGGUUCUUGCCCGAGUCGACUUUCUUUGGAAGUACAUGGGUUGCUCGGCUGACACCGCUGAGGCAAAGAGGAAACGAUCUGAAUUAUUGA